GUGCACCAGAAGCACAAGGGAACUCACACCUCAACACUGCAAGAAGCUGGAGAGAUGAUGAAAUCCGUUUCUGGGUACCUUCAAGGCACUGUUCAAUCAGUGCAGACAUUACUGGGCACCAGCAAGGAGACCAGUGGACCUGAAGGAACUGUUGCAAGCAAGACAAUCAGGUCUGUUAACAUGAUAAAUCAGGGACUGGCAAGGUUACAGAGCAACAUCGCAAAAAUAAAUCCAGAACUUACAGUUAAGCCUGAAGCUCUCCUCACCGUGAAAGUCGAGAGCCUCCUAGCAGUUUCCCAUUUCAAACAUCAAAUAUGUAAGCAGUUACACUACGCCAGGGAUUUUGAGACUACAGCCCUG